AUGUACCUUGAAUUUGAUGAAGACUUUUAUUAAAUUUAGAAUUACGUCAAAUAAGUAAAUUCAAAUCUUGUAGUACUUCCUUAAGACAAUGUUGAAUCUGAAAUAGAACUUUUCGAAAAGAUGAUUCUACAAAUUAAAAUAUAUGGUUCAAAAAUAAUUGAAUUAUAUCAAUCACUAGAUGAAAUAUGUCCAACAGAUAGAUAAAUUGAAGCCUUUAUUCCAUAGGCAAAGAUAGAAUAAAUUGAUUACGAUUAAGUAUGGUUGGCCCUGAAUAAGGGAUUUGUGAAUGAUACUUAUAAAGCAAUGGAUUUAAUGUAGUAAUUAGAUUACACAAUUAAAUUGAAUUAGAGUUAAUAGGGAAAAUUUAUAGAAUUCUUAUAAAUUACAUGUAGAGCUAAGGAUAGGGAAUUAGAGAAAUUAAGUCAAUUAUUUCCAAAUCAAUAUCCAUAAUCUUAUUUCAAAUAGAUUGAACAUUUAACUGAAAUGCUUCAUUAAUACAGUUAAAUGGUACCAUUAUUAGUAUAGGAAAAUGAGAAUUUAAGAUAAGAGAUUGAAAAUUCAAAGAAUUAUGAUAGUGAGGGAAAAAACAAUGAAAUUAGUUAAUUACGUUUACAUCUCUAAAAUAUAGAAAAACAAUUGAUUGAGACUUAAUCAUAAAAUGAAUAUUAUUAAUAAAUGAUUAAGGCUGAAGAAUAAGUGAGAUAAAAUAAAACUUAAUUAUAAAUGUUAUAAAUUGAUAAUUAAGAUUUACUAUUUAAGAAUAAUACAUUUUAAGAGGAGAUUAAAAAUUAUUAGGAUCAAAUUAAGACAUAAAAUGAAAGUUUUGAUAGAAUGUAGUUGGAAUAUAAAAAGAUAAUUUAAAAGAAAAAUUAAUAGAUACAAGAAAUGGAAGAGAAAAAAAAUAAUUUAGAUUUAACAAUAAAAAAUAAUAAUUAAGUAGACAUAGAUCUAAUUUAAUCAAAAAUUUAAUAAUUUAAAUCAUUAUAUGAAUAAAAAAUUAAACAUUUAACAGGGACUAUAACUUAUUUAGAGUCUGAGAAUUUUAAGUUAAAAGAUUUAGUUAGAUCAUCUGCUUAAGAAGUUGAUAGUUUAAGAUUGUAAAUAGAGAAGAUUAUAUCAAGUAAUAAUAAAAAGACUUUGAAAUUACCAAAGAAAAGUCAAUAAGAAUAUGUAUAAGUAAGAUAUUGAUAAUAACAUUAAGUUAUACCAAAAGUAUUAAGAGGUAGUUGAAAAGAAUGAAUAAUUGAGUUAACAAUUAUAUAGUUAGAUAUUAGAUGGUAGCGUAUUAUCCCAUAUUUGA